AUGGUAGCAGAAAAAAGUUCUCACAGCAGCCGGUUUCGGGGACUGUUCAAAUGCCCUCAUCUAAGUUGCUUACUCUCUGACAUUUUUGCUACAACUCUUGACUACUCUCUAUCAUUUUUUAUUAUAAAAUCAUCCUCUCUGUCAUUUUUACCUGAUCACUCUUGCUCACCCUGUAAUCUUUCUACAAAAUCUCUCUUGCUUACUCUCUAUAUUUUUUUUAUUACAACUCUCUUGGUUACUCUCUAUAUUUUUAAUACAACUCUCUUGCUUACUCUCUAUAUUUUUAUUACAACUCUCUUUCUUAUUCUCUAUAUUUUUAUUACAACUCUCUUGCUUACUCUCUAUAUUUUUAUUACAACUCUCUUGCUUACUCUCUAUAUUUUUAUUACAACUCUCUUUCUUAUUCUCUAUAUUUUUAUUACAACUCUCUUGCUUACUCUCUAUAUUUUUAUUACAACUCUCUUGCUUACAACUCUCUAUAUUUUUUAUUACAACUCUCUUUUUUUCUCUAUAUUUUUAUUACAACUCUCUUUCUUAUUCUCUAUAUUUUUAUUACAACUCUCUUUCUUAUUCUCUAUAUUUUUAUUACAACUCUCUUGCUUACUCUCUAUAUUUUUAUUACAACUCUCUUGCUUACUCUCUAUUUUUAUUACAACUCUCUUGCUUACUCUCUAUAUUUUUAUUACAACUCUCUUUCUUAUUCUCUAUAUUUUUAUUACAACUCUCUUGCUUACUCUCUAUAUUUUUAUUACAACUCUCUUGCUUACUCUCUAUAUUUUUUUAUUAUAA